AUGACUAAAAUAUAUAAUUCUUUAAUGUUAAAAGUCAUUGAUGACGGCUUAGAAAAUAACUUCAGUUUGCAAAUGUGUCCUAGAAUGCUAAAUUAUGAAGAGUAUCCCAUAGCAAAACAUUUAGGGUUUUGCGGUCGAUUGUAUGCACAGUCCUAUAUGGGUGAAACAAUUAAUAAAUUCUACUCUUCAGAUUGGAAAAUAAGAGCUAAUAUUACAAUUCAAUUACUUAAUGCCGCUUUUGUAUUUACAUUCAAACACGAAAUGUUUAGGAUAUAUUUAACUGAUAUUUCAAUGGAUAAUAUAGCUGUAUCUAAGAGUGGAAAAGUAUCCUACAUUGAUCUCGAACAUAUUAUUUUAGUAGAUAAACAGUUUGAAAAUGUAUUUUCAGUGAGCUAUAGCAAAUGGUACAAUAACCACACAAGUGAGAUUAUAAAAUGUGAUAAUAAAGAUUGCUUUGCAUUUUCGCCUACAGAUAUAUGUUCACAUAAUUUAAGUGAUCACAAUAUUUAUAUGACUUGUGAGAUGCUUUUAAAUGAAUCUCAUAACUAUCUUCAUGGAAUUCCAAAAGAAAUUAAUGAAAGAUUUCCAAAUCUAGUCGACCUAUUACAUGACUGUGUCAAUCCUUUUAGAGCCAAUGUUACAAAAUCGAGAUUUUCUGUAAGCUUAGAAAUAAAACAUAUGUUAGAAGAAAGUAUACAAAUAUUGUCAUCUACUUAG